CACAGCUGGAAACCAAAUUCUGAAACCUUCUCCAAACGCAGCCCCAUUCCCAGCCUGUUCGCAACUAAUGCUUCUCUCUACUCUACUCGCCCUCUCUAAAACUCCUCUUCUCCCCUCUCUACUUUCGUACUUCUCUUCUCCUACGCACAGCAGCAGUAAUUGCCUUCCAUUUUCAGUCUCAUUGAUUCAACUGUUUUUCCCUUUCUGCGGGAAACUCUGAGCGCAAGAAUCGCUGAUGAAUCGAGGUUCUGUUGGUAAUGGGGUUUCGGAGGGUAUGUGUGCGCCAUUGUGCAUGCAUUUCUAGGUUUUGCUUCCAUGAUUAAGGCUGCUUGUUCUGACAGAUUCAACUUUCUCUGCGAGUUGUUCUUCUUGUUCCGACUCGCUCUUGUGUGAUAUUGAGUUUUGGAACCGAGGGGCGUCCAUGGAUCCCUGCCCUUUUGUGCGUCUCACCGUUGGGAAUCUCGCCCUUAAGGUUCCGGUGGCGUCGAAGCCUGCUCGCUCCCUGGUUCAUCCUUCUUCGUCUCCCUGUUUCUGUAAAAUCAAGUUCAGGAAACUGCCGUUGCAAACGGCGGUUGUGCCAUUUAUUCAGCCGGAGAAUCAGUUUCCGGAUGGUCAGGUUCAGUCCACGGCUGCUGCUACUUUUCAUCUCAGUAAGUCUGAUCUCGACAAGCUCGCUGGAAAGUCUUUGUUCGCUUCGAAACCAUGCCUCAAAAUCUCCAUCUACAGCGGGCGGAGAGGCACGACCUGCGGUGUCGACUCCGGGAGGCUCUUGGGUAAAGUGUCCGUGCCUUUGGAUCUGGCGGGAACUGAAUCUAGGGCAACGGUGUUCCACAAUGGGUGGAUUUCGGUGGGGAAAGAGUCCAAAGGUUCGUGUGCGCAAUUUCAUUUGAAUGUGAAAGCAGAACCUGACCCGAGAUUCGUGUUUCAGUUCGACGGCGAGCCCGAAUGUAGUCCACAGGUGUUUCAGAUUCAAGGCAACAUCAGACAACCCGUAUUCACCUGCAAGUUCAGUUUCAGAACCGGCGACCGAACCCAGAGAUCCAGGU